CCGCGGAGUUUGAGUUGUGGGCUCGGGGUCCAGACGGAAAUGGGCAGAUCGAGGGCGGCCGAGCUCAGGCGGGAGCAGGGCCGGGCGUUUGCCUUCGGGUGCCUGAGCCUGAGCCUGGCCCUGGCCCUGGCCCUGGCCCUGGUCCUGACUCUGGUGGGCGUGCCUGGGGUCACUGCCCUGGACAACGGGCUGGCCCUGACCCCGACCAUGGGCUGGCUGCACUGGGAGCGCUUCACGUGUAACGUGGACUGCAUCGAAGACCCGGAGAACUGCAUCAGUGAACAGCUCUUCAUGCAGAUGGCUGACCUUAUGGUAUCGGAAGGCUGGAAGGAUGUAGGCUAUGAGUAUGUCUGCAUCGACGACUGUUGGUUGGCCUCCAAACGAGACGAGAAUGGUAGGCUCAAGGCAGACCCCAAACGCUUCCCCAGUGGAAUCCGUCACCUGGCAAACUAUGUACAUUCCAAGGGCCUGAAGCUAGGUAUUUAUCAAGAUGUGGGAACUCUCACCUGUGCUGGGUACCCAGGCAGCUAUGGGUACUAUGAUAUCGAUGCCAAAACCUUUGCUGACUGGGGAGUGGACCUGCUGAAAUUUGACGGAUGUAACUCUAAAGAUCUGGAAAGUUUGGUAGAAGGCUAUAAGUACAUGUCCUUUGCCCUAAACAAAACUGGCCGGAGCAUUCUUUAUUCCUGUGAGUGGCCCCUGUAUACAAGGCACUUCCAGGAGCCCAAUUACACAGAAAUUAGACAGUACUGUAACCACUGGAGGAACUAUGGUGAUAUCUUCGAUUCCUGGAGUAGUGUGAAGAGUAUUCUGGCCUGGACUGCUUCUAAGCAAGAGAGCCUUGUUCCUGCUGCUGGACCAGGGGGAUGGAAUGAUCCUGACAUGUUAGUGAUCGGCAACUUUGGACUCAGCUGGGAUCAACAGGUGACUCAGAUGGUGCUCUGGGCUAUCAUGGCAGCCCCGCUCUUUAUGUCUAAUGACCUCCGACACAUCAGUCCCCAAUCCAAGUCCCUGCUGCAGAAUGAAGAUGUGAUUGCCAUCAACCAGGAUCCUUUGGGCAAGCAGGGCUACCGGCUGAGGAAGGACGAGGACUUUGAAGUAUGGGAACGGCCCCUGUCAAAUUUAGCCUGGGCCGUGGCUGUGUUUAACCAGAAAGAGAUUGGGGGACCUCAGAAUUAUGCUUUUUCCACUGCUGCCUUGGGUGAGGGACUAGGGUGUGCCCCAGCCUGCCUCAUCACACAAAUCCUUCCUGUUAAAGAAGAGCUGGGACUUUACGAAUGGACAUCUCAAUUGAAGGUUCGAGUAAACCCCACAGGCACGGUCCUACUGAAGUUACAGACUUUCCAGCAACACAAAAGUUUCCAUUAAUACUAACCAGGAUAACUUUGUUUCCUGCUACCCCACUUCUAAUGACUUGGAUCAUUCCAUUUCCAGUAAUGUCACUUCUGAUGAAUUAA